UAGAUCCUUCGACAUGACACUCUGGCCGGCGCUUUGCUAAAGAGAUGCAACGAUAAAUACGAAAGAUCUGUGUGAUUCACGGAAAUGACAGCAAGUCUAGCAAUAGUCGUAUUACAGGCAUGGAGGCUGGACGUCAUUCCGCGCAUGAUCAUCAGUCCUACAUGAGAUCCGCACUCAAAUCAUGAUGCUGAGUCUUGGACCAUCACACGACAAAUUGUCUGGCUCUAAAUCACGCAUUCGUUGGGAUGUCUUCCUUCGAUAGUUACAUUGACGUGAAGAUCAUGAGUGUGCGGGGUCGUGGGUACCUCGGUGCCACUUUCCUUGGCACGCUGCUGCAAUCGCUGCUAGCGGUGGCCCAUGUGACAAAGCCUUCCUUGCCUUUGUGUCACAUCUCUCAAGAUGCCAGACCCGCUCGGCGUGUUCACCGCCAAUCAAUCGGAAGACCAUUCUCAACAGCAAGCGAUUACAGGCACUCCGGCUGAGCAAAACGAACAACGCAAAAGGCGCAAGGUUGCACAAGCGUGUGAUCUUUGUCGCUCGCGGAAGAGCCGCUGUGACGGCGUGAAACCUGUAUGCGGAGAAUGUGCACAGCGUCCUAACCUAAGGUCGCAAUGUCGCUACACUCCCAACCCGAACAGGGUUCCAGAUCAUGAUGGAUACGUUUCAGGCUUGCUGUUGCGCAUCCGCGAGCUUGAGGCUCGAGAAUGCAAUAAUGACCACCUUUCAAGUUUGCGCGCACGUAUUCAAGAACUCGAAUCCCUGGAACGCGCGCGUGGAUUGGUCAACGCCGAUCCAGCAAGUCCCCAGGACAUCGGUGGUCGGGCCGAGCCAAGGGCUCCGAUGGUGGCAGAAAGCGCCUUGCGAGCUGUACCAUUGGCCUAUUCUACUGAACAACGUCCUGCGAGCGAGCCAUCCUCGGUCGACGCCAUGGGAGCAGACGGCUUUGAAUUUGUUGAGCGAGGGCAAGACAACUCCUUCUACGGCGGAUCGUCUGCCGUUUCUUUCAUGCAUCAGGUUCACGCCACAAUCGCUGGGCAAGUCCCCAUGUUGAACGUGGAACCAGUCGCUCUUCUCAAUACGUCUGCAACAAGCAGUGCAUCCCACACAAGGACUUCUUCGAAACAAGCAUACCUUAGCCUCCCACCGAGAGCCAUUGUCGACAAGGUAAUGAUUACCUACUGGGAAAAAGUCCACCAUCUAUAUCCAUUCGUGAAUAGAAUGGUAUUCGGGAAAGCUUAUGAUAACAUAUGGGUUCCGGAGGCCGCCAGAAAAGAUCUUGCUCUUUCAGACGUGGGUAUGCUGGGGUCCAGGUCAUGCGGACAGGACGAUAUCGUAUUUCACUGUGCGCUUAACUCGAUGCUCGCUCUCGGCGUGCAGUUCAUGGACCUACCAUCAGACGAGAGAACAACACUCGGUGAUAUAUUUGCCGAUAAAGCGCGCAGCUUAUGUCAGCUCGAUCUUUUCGAUAAUGGCUCGCUAGCGAUGGUGCAGUCCCUGUUGCUCAUGGCGCAAUACCUCCAAUCUACACCAUUUCCUAGCAGGUGCUGGAAUUGUAUCGGCAUCGCUUGUCGACUUGCACAGGGCUUGGGUCUGCAUGUAGAGCCCAAAGAGGUACACCAAACCUUUACUGCACUGGAUCUAGAGAUGCGCAGACGCGUUUGGCACGGUUGUGUCAUGCUCGAUGCCAUCGUUAGUAUGACUCUGGGCAGGCCACAGAUGCUUCGGGAGUCACUGCUUCUUCCGUAUCCCCGAAACAUGAAUGAUAAGGAUAUGACCUAUCUACCGGAACACCAUCCUUCAUGGUUGAACUUCUACAACGAAUCGAUCAAGCUCUACAGGAUCCUUGCAGAUGUCAUGUCUCAGAUAUAUGGCCAUUCGACUGGACAAUCGGAGCAAAACAGCAAGGACAGCUUUGACAUCACUUUAGACAUUGAUGCACAAAUUACCCGAUUCGAAGCCCAGGUUCCAGAUCAUUUGCACUGGAAGAAGGAAGUAACUUCGCAUCUGGGAGCACAGGUCGCGCAGCAGGCUUGUAUCUUGCAAAUUCGCCGUACACACCUUCGCAUCCUGCUCUAUCGACCCAUAUUCGUUCGAUUCUGCGACCACGUCUGUAAACAAGGAUCAAAGCAGCCAGUGGCCGGGCCGUCAAGCUCUACCAGCUCAAUUGAUAUCUCGUUAAGCAUUAUCCAAUCUCUCGCUCAAGCUUGCGUUGUACAGUCCGUCCAAUUGAUAGAUACCAUACACCAAAGUCUAACAUGUGACACCGCCGGAGCUUGGUGGUACAGUGCUUUCUACGCUCGCGCCGCCGGCACCAUUGUCCUCUUGGCGAUCUUGUGUGAUGCACUCAGUGAGGGAACCGGAACUGAUGGUCUGAAGGCUGCUUGGGAACAAUGCGACUCCGUGUUUCAACUGCUGCGGGGAUAUAGUCCUGCGGUUGCAACACAACACCAAGGAUUAAGAACUCUAUACCAUCGUAUAUGCAUUGUAGAGCACAAGCAUAAGCACAGAGGGAGCUCACCUGUCGCCAUACAUGUCGACGCGUCGACGAGUGCCCCCGAACAUUCUUUCGAUCUUGCUGACAACAUCUCCGAGGCUGCUUUCGCUAGCACAGACGAUUUUUACUGGCCCAUAGGCGCAGACUUCACUUUGAUCAACGACGUUCUUGGGAUCAACGCGUAAGAUAGGGGGACCAAUUUUAGUAGUAAAAGUAUGCUUUGUUCGAGGCGCAAUGCUUUCCACAACAUCACACCUGGUUCUCAGACCUAUCAGCCGAAGAAUGUCGACAACAUAAAGCAAGCAAGCAAGCGAAAGGAAGGAAGCGGGGAACGAU